AUGUCUACAGAAAAGGUGCCGGUGACAGUCAGCUAUCGGAAACGGGGCCUUGCGCCUCCAGUAUUCGUAGCUGGCUCGUUUUCUGAUCCGCAGUGGGAGCUGCAGGAAAUGCACGGCGUCAUUGACGAAUCUGGAGAGCAUCAUUUUACUAUCCAGAUUCCCGUUGAGCCUGGAAAGGAAUACUACUAUAAGUUCAAGGCCGCAAACCAGGACGACUGGGUAUUGGAUGAGCAUGCUACCGUCGGUUCGUUACUCUCCUGUGCGAUGCCUUGUGUUGCGAUGCAGCAGACGCCAGGUAGCUCGGUGUCGCUAAUCAUUUCAACAGUCAAAGAUGACCAAGGAAAGCCUUGCAACUUGCUCAAAGUUCCCGUGACGAGCAACACCGCAGACCGAUCCCAUACGCCGCUCGUUGAAGCUACCGAACGGCGGGAUGACGGCCCCGUUGCACCGGGCCAGCAUACCAUCGUAGCCUCGGGGCCCAAGUCACUGCUGCCCAAUGUGUUCCGGGACAAGACGUACGAGGCGGAUCCACGUUCCGGGACUCCCAUCAAGCAAGUCGCAGAUGUUGCUGCUGAAGUUGCUGAUACAGCAGCAAAACUCGACGAGUUUGACACCGCAAUAUCAUCACCGCCCCCCAACCAGCUACGCACAGACAACGACAUGGCCGUGGAGGAAGAAAUUGCAACGCCCUUGUUUGCUCAUGAGUCUUUCGGAGCGUACGAAUUUGUCGAUGACGGUCUCGACCAUGACGACUUUGGCAAGAACCCGAAGUCGCCCAAUUCGAUGGUUUCAGAUAGUGGUUGCAGUCUUGGCGAUGUGGAUAUCGACGAUCCCACACUGGAGAAGUUCCCUUCCGAUAGACCAUCUGUGAUUGAUACGUUGCGAAAGAUUCAAUCGAGCACAGACGAGGGUCGAUCUAGCUUUGAAGAUGGACAGCACUCAACCCCCGCAACGUCGAGAAGGACAAGCCUGGACUCCUUGGACGGAAAUAGCGCACAGCUCAGCCCGAUAUCGGCGAGAAAACAAGACAACAGGGCAUCAAGAGGUAGUUUCGGCCGUCCGAAAUCCGCGGUCUCAUUGGAAUGCAUCGACGAGGAACCGAAAGCUUCGGGUGAUGUAAGCCCGGGGACGAAACACGACCCAGAGACACAAGCCAGUGGGACUCAAGGCGACGGAAGCACAACCGACGAGGAUAGCGGCUUGGUGAUGAAAACUGCCAAGGUAUGA